GUCGGGAGCAGGGUGGGAGCGCAGCAGCUCCCCGGACGCCUGGGUUCCGAGCCUGGCUCGCAGCGCCGUGAGGGGGCGAGUCCCAGUCUGCAGCCCGCGGGCCCCGGAAGGGCUCGGCCCGGCCGGCCGGGCGGUGAGUGGGGGCGCCGGGGAGAGGCCGAGGCAGGAAAUCGCUGCCUGGAGGAAGUGGUGGCAGGGGCGGGGGUCUCGGAGCCGAAACGCGGCUGGGACCGGGGAGACCCCCCCGCCCCCAGCCAGCUGUGGAGCCGCGCGGGGGGGUCGGUGCCCCUGAGCCCAGCAGGGCCCCCCCAGCCGAGCCCGCCCUGGGGCAGCAGUCGCAGGGGGGUUUCUAGAUCAGCUGUGCGGCGUUUUCCUCCUGCCCCGAAGGUGAGAACAAAGAAGGGAAUCCCCGUCAGGCCGGGACUUGGAGCCCGGAGCCGCACAGCCCCUCGCGGGGAGAGCCCAAGCCCUGAGCCGGGAGAGACACCAGCCUGGCGCAGCGCGGGGCUGGUCGGCAGCAGAGAGGAAACCCCCCGCCUCCCAAUCCCAGAGUAGAGACGACCCCUGUCCUCAUGGAAGAAAAUCCCCAUAGAUGUUCUCUCUGUAGGAAAAGCUUUAAGCAGAGCUCGACCCUAAGGAGGCACCAGCGAACCCACACGGGGGAGCGACCCUACAAAUGCCUCCAGUGCGGGAAGAGUUUUGCCGACAGCUCUAAGCUCCUUCGCCAUCAGAGGAGCCACACGGGGGAGCGACCCUACAGUUGUGAGUGCGGGAAGAGCUUUGCCGACAGCGCCAAGCUCCUAGAGCACCAGAGAACCCACACAGGAGAGCGACCCUACAAAUGCCCCCAGUGUGAGAAGAGUUUUGCCGACAGCUCCAGCUUUCUUCGCCAUCACAGGAGCCACACGGGGGAGCGACCCUGCAUGUGCCCCCAGUGUGGGAAGAGCUUUGCUGACCCCUCCAACCUCCUUCGGCAUCAGAGGAGCCACACGGGGGAGCGACCCUACAUGUGUGCCCAGUGCGGGAAGAGCUUUGGGCAAAGCUCGAGCUUGAUGAAGCACUGCAGGGCGCACACAGGUGAGAAACCCUACAGGUGUGAUGAGUGCGGGAAGAACUUUGCUCAGACCUCCAACCUCCUGGAGCAUCAGAGGAUCCACACGGGCGUGAAACCCUACAAAUGCCCUGACUGCGGGAGAAUGUUCUGCCAUAGUUCCUCGCUGACAGGCCAUCGGAGGGUCCACACCGGUGAGCGACCCUACAACUGUGUCAUCUGUGGGAAGAGCUUUAGCCAGAGGUCCAACCACACGCAGCACCAGCGGACCCACACAGGGGAGCGACCCUAUACAUGCGAUGAAUGUGGGAAGAGCUUCAGUGUUCGCUCCAGGCUUGUUAUGCACCAGAGGAUCCACACAGGGGAGUGACCCAAUAAAUGUCCUAACUGUGGGAAGCGCUUUAGUGACUGGCCAAAUUUCACAAGACCUCUGAAGACACAUACCCAGGAUGGGCCCGAGAAAUAAAUUUAGAAGAAAGCUUUAUUUGGAGCUCUGACCAGGGAGAGAGCAGGGCUCUUGGAUUAUCAGGACUCCUGGGUUCUAUUCUCAAUUAUAGUAAGAGAGUGGGGUCUAAUGGGAUAGAACAGUGGGAGGGAUGAACGUUGGGACUCCUGGGUUUUAUUCCCUGCACUGGGAGAGAAGUGGGGUCUAGUGUGUUAAAACAGGGGGCCAGGAGUCAAGACACCUGGAUUCUGUUCCCUGCUGUGGGAGUGGGGUCUAGUGGGUUAGAGGAGGAGCUGGGAGUCAGCAUGACUGGGCUCCAUUCCCAGCUCUGGGAGGAUGUGGGGUCUACUGGUUAGAGUGGGGAGAGUAUUUCAUUACUUUCCUAACCUUUUAGUUUUAUAAACACCAUUGCUAGGAUACCAAUGAGCCCCAAUGUCCUGUGGCCAUGCAAAAGGCAAACACGAUCCCAGGAUGUAUCAGGCAAGGUCCUUCCAGUAGAGGUUCUUCUCGUCCGAAACCGUCUUUGGAGCCCCGGGGAGCAACACAGUGUCGCCAUUCAUUCCUGUCCUAGAAAAGUUGGCCUGGAAGGGACCUCCUGAGCUCCUCUAGUCCAGCCCCCUGCGCUGAGGAAGGACCAAGCCUAGCCAUGGGGUGCAAGUUCUGUGGGGUCGUGGUGCAUGGGCACCAGGAAUAUUCCUGGCCUGGGGCCCGGCUCCAGCAAUGUUCGAGGCCGGGUCUCUCGGCCCCGCCUUCCGCCCCCAGGAGCUCCACCACCUGUGCGUCCCCCGGGCGAUUUAAAACGGUCCAGGGCCCCCACCCAUCACGGGCAGCGCAGCGGAGCUGAGCGGCUUCCUGCCUGCUCGCUCCACGUGGCUGUCGGCCCCUCCCUGCGGCCCUGGGGCGGGGGGGGAUCUGUGUCUAUGCACGCUGCUCCCCGCCCCAAAGCGCCCCUGCGGCCAAUAGGAAGCUGUGGGUGGCAGUGCCUGGGGGUAGCAGCACGCGGAGGCCCCCUGGCCCACCCUGCCUAGGAGCCCCAGGUCAGCGCCGCACCCUCCCCACCCAGAGCCUGCAUCCCCUCCCGCUUUCCACACCCCCCUCCUGCCCCCAAACUCCAUUCCAGAGCCUGCGUCCCUCACCCCAUCCUUUGCCCCAGCCCAGAGCCUGCACCCAAACUCCAUCCCAGAGCCUGUACCCCCAACCCCUUCCUAUACACCCUCUCCUGUCCCCAAACGCCCUACCAGAGUCUGCACCCCUCACCCGGUCCUGCACCCCCACUCCUUGCCCCAGCCUACACCCAAACUCCGUCCCAGAGCCUUCACCCCUCUUGCACCUCCACCCCCUGCCCCAGCCUGGAGACUGCACCCAGCACCCAAACUCCAUCCCAGAGCCUGCAGCCCAGACCCCCUCCCCCCCCCCACCCAAAAUCCCUCCCAGAGCCUUAGGCAGAUGGAGGUGGUGGGACUUGGGGUGGGGGGUGGGGGGGGGCAGGCUCUGGGUGUUCUCGGCACCACCAAAAUUUCCACCAACCUGCUGCCCCUGAGCCUAGACCAUCCCUGACCAGUGUUUGUCCAAGCUGUUCAUCCACAAUUCCAAGGACAGGGAGGUCACAGCCUCCCUUGGAAGCCUGAUCCAGAGCUUAACUAGCCCGAGAGUUAGAAAGACUUUCCCCCCAAUAUCUAACCUACAUCUCCCUGGCUGCAAACUGAGCUGAUUACUUCUUGUCCUGCCGCUGGUGAACGUGGAGAACAAAUGAUCACUGUCGUCUUUAUCACAGCCCUUGCUAUAUUUGAAAAAUGUUAUUAGGGCCUCCCCUCCCGUCUUCUUUUGUAAAGACUAAAUAUGCUCAGUUUCUUUCUCUCAUAGAUCAGGUUUUCUAAACCUUUGAUCAUUUUUGUUGCUCUCCUCUGGAUUCUCUCCAGUUUGUCCACAUCUCUCUGAAAGUGCGGCGCCCAGAACUGGACCCAGUAUCCAGCUGAGGCCCCACCAGUGCUGAGUAGAGCAGCUACCUCUCAUGUCUUACAUAGAACACUCCUGUUAAUACGCCCCAGAACGAUAUUAGUCUGUAUUGUAUUGACUCAUAUCCAAUCUGUGAUCCACUGUAAUUGCAGAUGCUUUUCAGUUGUAUUACUGUUAGCCAGUGCUCCCCAUUUUGGAGUUCUCCAGUUGAUUUUUUUUUUUUCUUCCUAAAUCCAGGUCUACACUCAAAAAUUAAGUCAACCCAGUUACGUUGCUCAGCCACCAAACACUCUCCUCUGAGCUAUACCAGCCCUGUGUUUACUUUGCAGGUAAACAAGAGGUGCACUGUAGUCUCCUUGAAGCAUCCCCCUAGUGACAUCUAGCCCCUGACACUGGUUACUCACAGAAAUCCCAGAUCCUCCGCUCCCAAAGGAGCAGUGUACCCCCAUUUACGAGUCUGACCUUACCUCACUGCUCGCAUAGCACUAGUGAGCACUUAUAAUAAAACAAAAGGUUUAUUUAGGAAAAACAUAGACAUUCCACUAGAAACCAGAGAGAGGUGGUCACAAUACAAAACCAAAAUAAUAAAACGUGAACUAGAGCCCUUUGGGAACGAAGGCAUAUGUAGGCAGAAGCCUGCUGUGGAUUUUAAGAGUUUGUUCUGAUAACGUUUAACAGCAGAAGCUGAGCUAUGUAUGUGUAAGAAACUGCAGAGCAAUCAUGGCAGUGAGAACAAGAAAAGAUCCGUUUGAACUAACACUAAAUUUGUACUGAUGGGGGAGGAGAGUUGACAUGGAAAUGAGAGACUAAUACACAUCUAUAAGAAAAGAUAAAAAAUGGUAAGUUCGUGUAACAAAGGGAAGUUGAAGCUGUAUUGUCUGAUGCUGGAAGUGACUGCAGUCGUCCUAAUGAGCUUCCCGCUUCUAAGUAGUUGAUCACAACUUGCUGAGUGUUUUGCCUGAAUAAAAAUUUGUUAGCCCCA